GAGUAGACAUGUAAUGCUAAACCACACAAGUUACAAUAACAGUGGCUUUAUGCGAACUUCACCGUGAAGUCGAACUUCAAAACUGCAGGCUCGGAGAACAUCGGAGAACAUCGACAUGGAGCUCGUUAGCAUUAGCUGGCCUACAGUUUAGAUUUAUUUAAUGACUGCAUUUCAGGAGAACAUCGACACUUAAUAUUGACGGUCAACUAGACGCAAUAACCUUUAAAAAACAAAAAGUUUUCAUUCGGUUCUUUUAUUCUGAAGAAACGCGAGCGGAAGUCACCAUGGUAACGCGGUUCCGUUGGUAGCGACACACAACGGAGGCCGCAGUAAUGGACGAGUAUCAGACAGAAGAGGAGACUGCGUUCGUCGUUGAAGAAGUGAGCAAAAUCGUUAAAGAAUCAGUGGAAGCAGCCAUAGGAGGAAAUGCCUACCAGCACAGCAGAGUGAACCAGUGGACCACCAGUGUAGUGGAGCAGUGCCUCAGUCAACUCAGCAAGCUCGGGAAGCCUUUCAAAUACAUAGUAACUUGUAUCAUCAUGCAAAAAAAUGGAGCAGGUCUGCAAACAGCUAGCACAUGCUUCUGGGACAACUCUACUGAUGGUAGCUGUGCGGUGAGAUGGGAAAACAAGUCCAUGUACUGUAUCGUCAGUGUUUUUGGGCUGGCCAUCUAAACCAACUACAAUGC